UAGGAAUGGCACACAUUAAUAAUAUACAGAAUAAACUCUUUAACGUCACUCCCUUCAACAAUCACGCCCAGUCCAGUCCCGAAAAAUAUUUUUGCCCGAUUUUACGUCCCCUCGUAAAAUCGGGCAUACUUCUCUUCUAUCAUUCCUACGCCUACAAAAUUCGGAGAUGAUGUAAUGGAGUCAUCAUCUCCAAAUCCCGUCACGAUCUCACAAGUGUUUGUGUGAGCGUGAGGGGAUGUUUUUGGUCUGGUUUUACGUCCCCCUCCUACUUCCCUUUUUACGCCGGCAGAAUUCGCUCCUCUGAGGGGGUGACGUAUUAGAGAGAUUC